AUGGACUGCCAUGGCUUAACCUCAGAGAAGCCACAUGCAGUCUGCAUCCCAUUCCCAGCUCAAGGCCACAUAAAUCCAAUGCUAAAAGUAGCUAAACUCCUCCACUUCAAAUGUUUUUAUAUAACCUUUGUGAACACAGAGUUCAUACAUAAACGCCUCCUAAAGUCUCGAGGUCCAAACUCACUUGAUGGUUUCCCUUCGUUUAGAUUCGAGACAAUUCCAGAUGGUCUUCCUCCAGCUGAUGCAAAUGUUGCCACACAGCACAUGCCAUCGCUGUGCGAAUCCACGAGGAAAAACUGCCUAGCACCCUUCAGAGACCUUCUUUUGAAGCUCAAUUCAUCCACAAAUUCGCCACCAGUUACCUGCCUAGUUGCUGAUGGUAUUAUGAACUUCACUCUUGAUGCAGCCCAAGAACUAGGCCUUCCUGAAGUUAUUUUCUGGACAACAAGUGCUUGUGGUUUCAUGGGAUACCUUCAAUAUCACAAUCUCAUCGAAAAGGGUCUGGUUCCUCUUAAAGAUGACAGUUAUUUGACAAACGGAUAUUUGGAUACGGUAAUAGAUUGGAUUCCGGGAAUGAACGAAAUCCGAUUGAAGGAUAUCCCAACCUUCAUGAGAACAACUGAUCCCAAUGACCCUAUUCUGCACUUAAUUUUGCAUGACACAGAACAAGUUCAAAGAGCUUCUGCUAUCAUUUUAAACACAUUUGAUGCCUUAGAGCAUGAAGUCCUAGAGGCAAUUUCACAUUUGCUACCACCUAUAUACUCCAUUGGACCCCUGAACCUACAACUUAACCAGAUACCAGCUGACAGUAAUAACUUCAAGCUGUCUGGAGCAAAUUUAUGGAGGGAAGAACCAAAUUGUUUUAUUUGGCUCGACUCUAAAGAACCUAGUUCUGUUAUUUAUGUCAACUUCGGAAGCAGCACAGUCAUGACAGACGAGCAGCUGAUUGAAUUCGCUUGGGGGCUUGCAGACAGCGACAAGACUUUUUUUUGGGUCAUCAGGCCUGACCUUGUUGGGGGAGAAUCACCUGUCUUGCCACCAGAGUUUAUAGAACAGACUAAAGAAAGGUGUCUGCUAGCAAGUUGGUGCUGUCAAGAACAAGUCUUGAGCCAUCCAGCUAUAGGAGGGUUCUUGACACAUAGUGGCUGGAACUCAACCAUUGAAAGUGUGUGUGGGGGAGUGCCUAUGAUCUGUUGGCCCUACAACGGCGAGCAACAAACCAACUGUAGGUACUGUUGCAAAGAAUGGGGUAUAGGAAUAGAGCUGGAGGGUAAAGUUAAUAGAAACUACAUAGAAAGUGUAGUGAGGAAGCUAAUGGAGGGAGAGGAAGGAAAAGAGAUGAGGAAGAAAUCCAUGGAUUGGAAGAACUUGGCAGAGAAGGCCACUACCGGUCUUCAUGGAUCAUCUUUCUUGGAUUUGGACAAAAUGGUUAACCAGGUGCUGCGAUCUCCAAGAGGACCCUUUAUAACAUCCAAUUCUAAAUCAGGCAAAGAUAAAUUUCCGGUAAAAGAUCUGGAGUUCUGGACUGGGAAUAGAAUGGUGAGAAUGGGUUCUGAAGCCUUGGAGAAGCCACAUGCAGUAUGUGUACCAUACCCUGCUCAAGGUCACAUAAACCCAAUGCUAAAAGUGGCUAAACUCCUCCAUUGCAAAGGGUUUCAUAUAACCUUUGUUAAUACAGACUACAACCAUGAGCGCCUCCUUAAAUCCCGAGGUUCUGACUCUCUUGAUGGCCUUCCUUCCUUUAGGUUCAAGUCAAUUCCAGAUGGUCUUCCUCCCACUGAUGCCAAUACCACCCAAGACAUACGAUCAUUAUGUGAUUCCACCAGAAAAAACUGCUUAGCACCCUUCAGAAGCCUUCUUUCAGAACUGAAUUCUUCCCCGAAUACGCCUCCUGUUACUUGCAUUAUUUCUGAUGGAGGCAUGACUUUUACUCUUGAUGCAGCUGAUGAACUUGGCCUUCCAGAAGUUCUCUUCCAGACAAUGAGUGCUUGUGCCUUUAUGUGCUACCUUCACUAUGCCCAUCUAAUUGAAAAGGGUGUUGCUCCUCUUAAUAAAGAUGUCAGUUAUUUGACGGAUGGCUACUUGGACACUGUCAUAGAUUGGAUACCAGGCAUGAGCAGUAUACGUUUGAGGGACAUCCCGACCUUCAUUAGAACUACAGACCCAGAUGAUGUCAUACUGCAAUAUCUUCUGCAUGGCAUGGAACAAGCUCAAAGAGCAUCUGCUAUAAUUGUGAACACAUUCGAUGCCUUGGAGCAUGAAGUCUUAGAAGCAUUUUCAAGUUUGCUACCACCAGUGUACUCCAUUGGACCUCUUCAUCAACAGCUCGAUCAUUUCCGUGAAGAUGACGACUCAAAGACGAUUGGGUCAAAUCUUUGGAAAGAAGAACCAGAGUGUCUUGAAUGGCUUAAGUCAAAAGAACCAAACUCUGUGGUUUAUGUAAACUUUGGAAGUAUCACUGUCAUAACAGACGAGCAGCUGAUUGAGUUUGCUUGGGGUCUCGCAAAUAGCAAUGUGACCUUUCUGUGGGUGAUUAGGCCUGAUCUUGUUUCUGGGAAAUCAGCUGUGGUUCCUGAAGAGUUUGUGGAACAAACCAAGGGAAGGAGUUUCUUGGCGAGUUGGUGCCCUCAGCAACAAGUUUUGAGCCACUCAGCUGUAGGAGGGUUCUUGACACACAGUGGAUGGAACUCUACAAUUGAAAGUGUGAGUGCAGGAGUUCCCAUGAUAUGUUGGCCCUUCUUUUCCGACCAACAAACAAACUGUAGGUUUUGUUGCAAAGAAUGGGGUAUAGGCAUGGAGAUAGAGGGUAAUGUUCGAAGAAACUGCGUUGAGGAUCUUGUGAGGAAAUUAAUGAAGGGAGAGGAAGGCAAAGAGAUGAGGAAGAAAGCCAUGGAAUGGAAGAAGUCUGCCGAGGAGGCUACUGCAUCUCCUAAUGGUUCAUCUUUCUUGAAUUUGGAAAAGAUGGUUAACCAGGUGCUUCUCUCUCGUAAGAGUUGAAUUCGACUAGAAUCUACAUUGAUAAUGUGUUCGGAUAAUCUUAAUCUAAAUAAUAAACAUUGUUCUAUGUUAGUUCAGGAUUGUAUGUUUCUAAUAAUCAGCACGCCAUGCAACUUUGGCUUUGCUUCUUCUUUUUGUCUGAUCACUUGACAGCCCAAGAAUGCAACAGA